UCUACCUACAAACUUAAAUUACCGCCCGAACUGGCGAAGAGACGUAUUCACCCUACAUGUCAUGUGAGCAGGCUUAGACAACAUGAAGGGAACGACAAUAAUCUAUUCCCGCAUUGCGAAUCCUACACUGCAUAUGACUUCGGAGAGCCGAAAGACGUUGAAUGGCUCAUCGAUGGAAUA